UCUGGCAGCGUAACAUCUGUGCGUACGCGGUCGUGAUUGUUGUGAAGAUGGCGGAGGGAGAGACAGAGAAGGAAUAUGAAAUAAGGAAAGCUAUCGAGGGGCUCCGAGAACGGUUCCAGGAAUUGACCACAACGCUAAAAGAAAGCUCGGAAUCACCGUCUGAUACCUCUUUGCGUUUCUGCCAGGAAUUCUGCCAGGUCAGCAUUUUUGUCCAACUACCCAUCCUAGUGGUUUGCAGCCUUCCAUCCAGCUUCCAGGCUGAUGAUGCGCGUGUACGUUAGGUACAACAAUGUAGCUAGCUAGCGCUAGCCACAUCAGAACAUAAAAAAACACAAUUACUCCCUGUUUUAACGUCCAAUGAUAGUAGUUAGUUGACUAUAUACAUCAUAAGUGUUUUCCGAUAUUUAGUUCAAUCUCUUACUUUGGAAUUAUACCAUAGCAUCACUAAUUUUCCCAAGCUAGUUAGCGAGUAGCUAGUUGAAUGUUGGCUAGCCAGCUAGUUAAGGCUCCUUAAUGCUGGGAAGAGGUAGUUCGCUUUUUGUGCAGACUUGUAUUCAAAUGCACUAGUGUUUUAGGUUUUGCACUAGACGAAACCAAUUUCAUCCAUGUAAAUGUGCAUAUUUAACUUGAAAUGAUGGCAGCAGAACGUUUUUCCAUUCGUCCAUUGUGUUAGUGGAUCAAUAUUGAGUGUGCCUGCAAAAGUAUUCUAUAGGGCCUGGUAAACCUAAUAGUAUUCAUUUUCAUGCACAGCAUAGGUUAACUACGUUUGCAUAGUUUUAAUUGUUAGAAAAACAAUAUUAACUCAUCAGCCUGUUUUGUGGGUAGGUUUAUUCGGUUUUGUGCUUCAUAUAUAGUCUUUGGUUUUUUGUGUAGUGUGGCAAACCUGGUGGGCCUUGUUUGAAGCCCAAUCUGUGCAAAGUGAUGAAUUCAUUGAUCACAUUAGUGAUUUAUGUAUGAAGCCCAAUCUCAUAUCAGGCUACAUUUGGAGAUAAAACGACAAUAGUGUUUAAACAUCUGACACUGCCUGAGUAAUAACAAUACACACAAGAUCGGCUAGAUGGUUACAAGGUUAUGUUAACUUACUAAGAAAUAGGGUUUUCUCUGCAACCUCUACUCAAUUUUGUUGUGUGUUAUUAUCAUGUGCUAAGAAUUGUUUUAAAAAAUCUUUAUUUUUACAUGUUGGAGAUGCAAUGAAAUACCAUGAUAUGUUAGGCUACAUGUAGCAAUAGCCUGAGUUGUAGCCUACUUAGGACUGGCCUACUUUGAAGACCCAUACUCAUUGAGCAGAGAUUAGGCUUUUCCUUGACUGGGGGAAGGGAUGACAGGCAGGGAAAAUAUUGUCAGUGCUUGUAGUAUUCAAGCUCGUCUCACUCAACUUUGAAUGUUAGGCCUGCGUCCUGCAUGGGUAGCCUACAAACUACUCAGUGUGGUUUAGCCUAUUGUAGACUACUGCAUUAAUUCCAUUUGGCCCUCACUAUAGGCUCAAUUCAGCAGCCAGGUUUAUAGAAGUCAAAGCAGCCUCCUGUAUAACGCUACAGUGCCUUCAGAAAGUAUUCAGACCCCAUUACUUUUUCCACAUUUUGUUGUUACAGCCUGAAUAAAAAAUGUAUUACAUUUAGAUUUUUUGGUCACUGACACUCAAUAUCCCAUAAUGCCUAAGUGGAAUUAUGUUUUUAGAUUUCUUUUACAAAUUAAUGAAAACUGAAAAGUGGAAAUGUCUUGUCAAUAACUAUUCAACCCCUUUUAUGGCAAGCUUAAGUUCAGGAGUACAAAUUUGAUUAACAAAUCUCACAAGUUGCAUGGACUCACUCUGUUUAGUAGUAGUAUUUAACAUGAUUUUUGAAUGACUACUUCAUCCCUUUGAGCAUGGUGAAGUUAUUCAUUACACAUUGGAUGGAGUAUUAAUACCACAAACAACAUGCUGAUUUAGGUCUACACCAUCACUGGUAUUAUCAGGCUGUAUAGUUAAUUACAUUUUCUCUGACUCAGUACAUUUAUUAGCUAGCCAGCUAACUAGCGAUUAGAAGCUAACAAGAUUUAGGCCGAGCUUGCUAAGAAAAUACAAACUAUCUGUUUGCAGAUGUAAGAAACACAAACGAAGUGUAAUUAUAGAAUGCUAGUGGAUUUAACAUUGUUGCAUGUGCUGCAUCGACCAUGCAGACUGGACGCAAGUGUCAUGUGGUCGAGGAACAACAAAUGCGCUCCUUGAGUGACAGGUGUUAUGAACCGGCUCGUAGCCCAAAACAGAGGGAGACAACGCGGAGAUAAAUAAAUUAAACAUAUUUAUUAAAUAAAGUAAACUAUAUCCAAGUAACAAUGGUGUGUGUGUGUAGUCAGAAGAAUUUGGCAGACAGUUGGAGGGUCGUCACACAUCAAUACCAGCAUAUCGUAAAAUACGGUAUACCGCCCAGCCCUACUCAGGGGUGUGAGAUAUUUCUGUAUUUCAUUCUCAAUAAAUUUGCAAUCAUUUCAAAAAACAUGUUUUCACUUCGCCAUUAUGGGGUAUAUUUUGUGUAGAUGGGUGAGAUUUUAAAAAAAAUUUAAAAAAAUCCAUUUUGAGUUCAGGCUGUAACUCAACAAAUGUGGAAUAAGUCUAAGGGUUAAGUCUUUUUAUUUAUUUAUUAGACCACAGAGAUGAAGAGGUGAAUGUUUGCAGUCCAACAGUGAUAGAUAUAAAUAUUCCUACAGGAGACUGCAAUAGGAUUUAUACAGUGCAUUUGGAAAGUAUUCAGACCCCUUGACUUUUUACACAUUUUGUUGUUACAGCCUUAUUCUAAAUUGGAUUAAAUUCUUUGUUUUUUUCCCUCAUCAAUCUACUCACAAUACCCCAUAAUGACAAAGCAAAAACUGUUUUUUAAAAUUUUUUGCAAAUGUGUAUAAAAACAAGAAAGAACUGAAAUAUGACAUUUACAUAAGUAUUCAGACCCUUUACUCAGUACUUUGUUGAAGCACCUUUGGCAGCAAUUACAGCCUUGAGUCUUCUUGGUAUGACGCUACAAGCUUGGCACACCUGUAUUUGGAGAGUUUCUCCCAUUCUUCUCUGCAGAGCCUCUUAAGCUCUGUCAGGUUGGAUGGGGAAGCGUCGCUGCACAGCUAUUUUCAGGUCUCUCCAAAGAUGUUCGAUCGGGUUCUGGCUGGGCCACUCCAGGACAUUCAGAGACUUGUCCUAAAGCCACUCCUGCGUUGUCUUGGCUGUGUGCUUAGGAUCAUUGUCCUGUUGGAAGGUGAACCUUCGCCCCAGUCUGAGGUCCUGAGCGCUCUGGAGCAGGUUUUCAUCAAGGAUCUCUCUGUACUUUGCUCCGUUCAUCUUUCCCUUGAUCCUGACUAGUCUCCCAGUCCCUGCCGCUGAAAAACAUCCCCACAGCAUGAUGCUGCCACCACCAUGCUUCACCAUAGGGAUGGUGCCAGGUUUCCUCCAGAAGUGACGUUUGGCAUUCAGGCCAAAGAGUUCAAUCUUGGUUUCAUGGUUUCACCAGAGAAUCUUGUUUCUCAUGGUCAGACUCCUUUAGGUGCCUUUUGGCAAAUUCCAAGCGGGCUGUGAUGUGCCUUUUUACUGAGGAGUGCCUUUUGUCUGGUCGCUCUACCGUAAAGGCCUGAUUGGUGGAGUGCUGCAGAAAUGGUUGUCCUUCUGGAAGGUUCUCCCAUCUCCACAGAGGAACUCUGGACUGCUGUCAGAGUGACCAUCGGGUUCUUGCUCUACGGACAAUUCCUUCGACCUCAUGGCUUGGUUUUUGCUCUGACGUGCACUGUCAACUGUGGGACCUUAUAUAGACAGGUGUGUGCCUUUCCAAAUCAAGUCCAAUCAAUUGAAUUUACCACAGGUGGACACCGAUCAAGUUUUAGAAACAUCUCAAAGAUGAUCAAUGGAAACAAGAUGCACCUGAGCCUCAAUAUCGAGUCUCAUAGAAAAGGGUCUGAAUACUUACGGUACCCGUCAAAAGUUUGGACACACCUACUCAUUCAAGUGUUUUUUCUUUAUUUUUACUAUUUUCUACAUUGUAGAAUAAUAUAACCAAAAAAGUGCUAAACAAAUCAAAAUAUGUUUGAGAUUCUUCAAAUAGACACCCUUUGCCUUGAUGACAGCUUUGCACACUUGGCAUUCUCUCUACAAGCUUCAUCUGGAAUACUUUUACAAGUCUUGAAGGAGUUCCCACAUAUGCUGAGCACUUGUUGGCUGCUUUUCCUUCACUCUGUGCUCCGACUUAUCCCAAACCAUCUCAAUUGGGUUGAGGUUGGGGGGUUGUGGAGGCCAGGUCAUCUGAUGCAGCACUCCAUCACUCUCCUUCUUGGUAAAAUAGGCCUUACACAGCCUGGAGGUGUGUUGGGUCAUUGUACUGUUGAGAAACAAAUUAUAGUCCCACUAAACCCAAACCAGAUGGGAUGGCGUAUCGCUGCAGAAUGCUGUGGUAGCCAUGCUGGUUAAGUGUGCCUUGAAUUCUAAAUAAAUCACAGUGUCACCAGCAAAGCAUCCCCACACCAUAACACCUCCUCCAUGCUUUACGGUGGGAAAUACACAUGCGGAGAUCAUCCGUUCACCCACACUGCGUCUCACAAAGCCACGGCGGUUGGAACCAAAAAUCUCCAAAUUGGACUCUAGACCAAAGGACAAAUUUCUAAUGUGCAUUGCUCGUGUUUCUUUGCCAAAUCAAGUCUCUUCUUCUUAUUGGUGUCCUUUAGUGGUUUCUUUGCAGCAAUUCGACCAUGAAGGCCUGAUUCACACAAUCCCAUCUGAACAGUUGAUGUUGAGAUGUGUGUGUUACUUGAACUCUGUGAAGCAUUUAUUUGGGAUGCAAUUUCUGAGGCUGGUAACUCUAAUGAACUUAUCCUCUGCAGCAGAGGUAACUCUGGUUCUUCCAUUCCUGUGGCGGUCCUCAUGAUAGCCAGUUUCAUCAUAGCGCUUGAUGAUUUUUGCGACUGCACUUGAAGAAACGUUCAAAGUUCUUGAAAUGUUCCAUAUUGACUGACCUUUAUGUCUGAAAGUGUUGAUGGACUGUCGUUUCUCUUUGCUUAUUUGAGCUGUUCUUGCCAUAAUAUGGACUUGGUCUUUUACCAAAUAGGGCUAUCUUCUGUAUACCCCCCUACCUUGUCACAACACAACUGAUUGGCUCAAAUAAAUUCCACAAAUUCCCUUUUAAGAAGGCACACCUGUUAAUUGAAAUGCAUUCCAGGUGACUACCUCAUGAAGCUGGUUGAGAGAAUGCCAAGCGUGUGCAAAGCUGUCAUCAAGGCUACUUUGAAGAAACUCUAAUAUAAAAUAUUUUUGUUUGGUUACUACAUGAUUCCAUAUGUGUUAUUUCAUAGUUUUGAUGUCUUCACUAUUAUUCUACAAUGUAAUUAACAAAAUAAAAAUAUAUAACAACAACCUUGAAUGUGUAUGUUUGUCAACUUUUGACUGGUAGUGUAUGUAAAUAAGAUUUCGGUUUCUAAAAACGUGUUUUUGCUUUUUGGGAUAUUGUGUGUAGAUUGAUGAGGGGAAAAAAUAAAUUUCAUCAAUUUUAGAAUAAAGCUGUAACGUAACAAAAUGUGGGAAAAGUUAAGGGGUCUGAAUACUUUCCGAAUGGCUGUUGAAUGGAGUGUCCCAGGACUGAGUCUCAAUAGGCUAGGUUUUGGCUUGACACAUUUCAAGACAUAAAGGAAAAUGAACUAGCCGAUAACAUCCAAGGGGUGCUGCUAGACAGGCCAUUGCCUAAUAUAUCUGGCUGUGAUACCUUUUUGGUUGGUUACAUAGUCUGAAACGUUGCACUGCAAACAUGUUUUUUUACGUUUCCUCUCAGAACCUCUACAAGCCAGCAUGUUGAAUAAAAUUACAUUUGAAUUUACUCUACCAGUUAUCGGUUCGGUUGGUCCUUUUGUUUCUUGAAAUUUGAGAAGAAAUAUCCACAGGAAAGUAUUAUUAAAGCUGCAAUAUGUAACUUUUUGGCCAACCCGACCAAAUUCACAUAGAAAUGUGAGUUAUCUAGAUCUGUCAUUCGCAUUGAAAGCAAAUCUAAGAAGCAGUAGAUCUGUUCUAUGGCGCUAUUUCUAUGCUUCCCGUUAUAACGUUGUUCAUUUUUCCGUCUUUUACUUUCAGUUUUGUACACCAGCUUCAAGCAGCUGAAAAUACUAUAUUUUUGGUUAUAUAAAAUAUAUUUCACAGCGGUUUAGAUGGUAAUGAUUCUCUACACUAUACUUGCUUGUUUUGUCACAUACUGAAAUUAGCAACCAGCUGCAUAGUGCUGCUUUAAACCGACUUCAAAACAAGGGUCUCUGUGGCUCUCACAAUUUGUUUGUUCAUCGCCUGAGGCAAGCGCACAAGACGUAAGUACAUGUACGCGAUGCACGCAUGCUAACCGAUGUCUUGCAGGUGUUUACAUGGUUUUGAGCAUGUGCCAAGUAAUAGAAAUCGCAACAGCAGUAACAGCGUUUGAAAAGGCGGUUUAAUACUUUCCUGUGGAUUUUUUUUCUAAAAUUGAGAGAGAAAAGGAUAAUCCGCACAGGUAGCUGGUAGAGUAAAUUCAAAUGUAAUUUUAUUCAACAUUCUUGCUUGUAGAUGUCGUGAGUGGUAACUUUCCAAUUUUGUGCAGUGCAUUGUUUGACUGUGGUAUCACAAACCAUGUUUCCAGCCACAGUUUUUAUGCGCGUAAAGUCAUACCGUAUUUAUAAAAAUCACAACAACUGUGAUUGAAACAAAGUUUCGGUUCAAUUUUAUAAAUGCUGACAGAUAAUUAGUAUGUGGGGGGAUCUUUUUGUCAGUUAAAUUAAUUAUGAGAAAUGGCGGUGGAAACGCCUUUUUAAUGCGCAAAUAUUGAUAUAAUAACUAUCCUAUCGAAGUUAACUUGGAGUCACGCGAUGACUCGGGAAACCAUGUACUUUAUUAGGCUACAGAUGAAAUAAGUUAUGAACUUCACAGGGUGGUGAAAGUGCACUGUGAUUAGUUUGAUGCUCCUUUCCAAUAAAUAUUAAGGUGACAUGAUGAUCGAUUUUUGGCUCCGUUUUACAAAUAGAAAUAUUCUCACUGUUAUCCAUAAUAAUCUCAAGCCUACCCGCACAGCCUACCCGCACAGCCUACCCGCUGGAUCUGCGAGCUGUUGGCUAGAGCACACGUGCCAAGAUCAGAGUGGGCACAUUUGCACUAGGUCAUCAUGCACUGACGUUUAUCCACAACAAGUCCGUUUGGUGAAAACACCACUGGUGGGAAAAUGUGUAUAUUUUCUUUAUGCAGAUUUUAGGAUAUUCGCAUGAACAUCUAAUUGGAUGGAAACCUAGUUACGAUCUGAUUAUAUUAGGUAUGACAGGGCCAUAGGCUAGCGCAGGGAUGCGCAGGGAUGGGGAACUCUAGUCCUCGGGGGCCUGAUUGGUGACACUUUUGCCUCAUCACCUGCUAACACACCUGACUCCAAUAAUCAACUAACCAUGGUCUUCAGUUUAGAAUUUAAUUUGUUUAAUCAGGUGUGUUCGCUGUAGGGCUGGGGGGGAAAGUGUGACACCAAUCAGGCCCCUGAGGGCAGGAAUUGCUUAUCCCUGGGCUAGAGUAUGGAUUAUUAUUUCUAGGGCUGGGACGAUACUAGAAUCGCAGUAUGUUUUCCAUGGCAAAAAUGUAAACACUAAGCAGGCCAAACCCUUUGGUCCUUUAAAAACCUGCUGUAUGUGCUAUUGCUUAAAAAAAUUAAUAAAAUGUGACUCUGGAUGAGGGCUGUUAGAGCUGUUUUCCUAAAGAAGUUAAAUCCUUGUUUCGUUGCUAUCGAUACUGGUAUCGUCCCGGUUCUAAUUAUUUCACAAUUGUUUUGGUAGUUGUGGUUUUCUCAAUUUGCUAUUUUAAUGGAAUGUAGCCUAAUUUACCUGGAAGGACUAAUAAUUAAUGAAAUUAGGCCAUUUGUCAUUUUGUAUGAUAAUUGUCAAGUAGUUGGAAAGUUGAAGAAAUACUAAUUUAAUAGCAAGCACUAAUCAGCUUGCUACACUUCAUUCCAGACUCUGAGAGCAUGCCAUGAUUUUGUCAUUUGUUUCCAGAUCCUUGUGGAACAUGCAGGCCGAUGGAAGACUGAGGAGGAGCCACUGCCUUUACUGGAGGCGUACAUAGUGGCUAUACUCAGUUAUGCCAAGGCCACCUCCUGUCUCUCCUCCGAAUGUGAAAAUGUGCCACUCGUACUUGAAAACCUAGCACUGUGAGUACUCAGAGAAAAUGUCAAUAUCUGAUUUAAAUGCAUGGUUGCUUCAUGGAGCCAGCUGUGCAGUAUUUCAGAUGGUGCUAGGCCUAUGCUGUUGAAUGACCGUGAGCAUUCCACUUUGACUAGUGCUACUGACCAAUAAAACUGUAUCCUGCCUAGGGCUGUUAUGUUGACCGUAUUACUGCCACACCAGCGGUCAUGAGUCAUGAUGGCAGUCAAAUUCAAGGUGACCGUUUAGUCACAGUAAUUAGGCUUCUCCAAGCUCUGAUGCUCUGAUGGUCAUUAGGAGCCUACCAAACUUGCUAACUGCCUGGUACUCAGCACUCUGUUGUCCCCCUAAUCACUCUGACAAAAAUCUAAUCAAACACUUCAUGAGCUCAUGUUCUGCAACAUUUCUAUAGGUUAUGCAAUUACGUAAGAAAACAGAGUGAUGACCUCUAUUAAAAAGAGGAGGAUUCCAUCUGCUUUCUAUAGACUAGGCCUACUAUUUAUUUCUCAACUUUCCUAAUAUUAAGCACUUUGCUACACUUUACAACAGGAGAAUAGUCUACCUGGCUGGCAAAAAUGAAAAUGAACCACGGGAAAAGCAUCCUCCAUUCGGUAUUUAAGUGCAUAGAUGACUUGUAUUUUUUCCCGCUGUCCCUGUUUCGAGACAGGUGCAUGAUAAUAGUCCAUUCUAAAUCAAACAAAUUUCACACACAUAUUAUUUAGUAUAUGUAAAGACAAUAUUAAAUCAAUAAUAGUGUGAUGGGUGACAAUAUUAGCCUAUCACUUGUGAAUGAUAUAUUAUUACUUGUGAAUGAUGCCCAGCUUAAGGCAAGAAACAGCGCAUUUUCAAAUCAUAGUCGCACACCUCAUGUAGCCUACGGGUGUAGAGCCUAACUGGCAUACAUGCACAGCGCAUGAGUAUCAAGUUUGGGGAAGAUAAUUUCCCCCUUAAAAAUGCACCUUUAUGGGCCUCCCGAGUGGCGCAGCGGUCUAAGGCACUGCAUCACAGUGCGAGAGGCGUCACUACAGACCCGGGUUUGAUCCCAGGCUGUGUCGCAGCCGGAAGCGACCAGGAGACCUAUGAGGCGGCGCACAUUUGGCCCAGCGUCAUAAGGGGAGGGUUUGGCCGGCUGGGAUGUCCAUGUCCCAUCGCGCUCUAGCGACUCCUUGUGGCAGGCACAUGCACGCUGAAUUCGGUCGCCAGUUGUACGGUGUUUCCUCCGACACAUUGGUGCGGCUGGCUUCCGGGUUAAGCGAGCAGUUCGUCAAGAAGCAGUGCGGCUUGGCAGGGUUGUGUUUCGGAGGACGCAUGGCUCUCUACCUUGGCCUUUCCCGAGUCCGUAUGGGAGUUGCAGCGAUGGGACAAGACUGUAACUACCAAUUGGAUAUCACGAAAUUGGGGCAUUGCUGCGCUUAUAAUGUGAAGAAAUAGCCUAAUAGUUUAUCAAUAUUUUAAGCUAAACGUUCUCAUCUAUUGUGUCAGGCUCAUUGCUUAAAAUAGUUUUUUUAUGCUAGUGGUUGUAUUAAUUUGGCAUCUAUCGCACCCCACAACUGUCCGAGACUAUGUUUGGAAUAUUUAUUUCUCGCACAGAAUAGGUCAACUUUGGUACUAUGGGGGAUAGUAGAUUGACAUAGGCUAGUGCCUUUGCUGUUUGUUAGGCCUACUCCUCUUGUUGGCUGACGAAAAGUAAAUGUGGACAGCUGACGAAAAGUAAAUGUGGACAAAUGUGGACAUAUCUUCAAUAUGCUCCUCGGAAUUGGAUAAGGACACGCGCAGUUGCUUCCCCGAUGUGUCCGUCUUCACUUGUAGCCUGUGAGAAAGACCCGAUCACGUGACGGAGAGCCAUGUGAGUGAGAGGUGCCGAGUGCUUCGGCACACAGCUGGGAGAAGGGAAUUAUAAUUAUUAUAUUCAGCCCAAGGGCACAACGGCCACUGGCUGCAAAAGGCAUGGAUUUCUUUAGGGGGCAUUACGGCUACGCAAAGGGGAUGCAGCCGGGAAAUGUAAGUGCUUGUCAAAUUGUGAAUGAGAGACUGAUGACGUGUGUACAGCCUGCGCAAAAAUUAAAAAAGCAGAGCUCAUGCAACUUUUUUCAAAUCAUCAUUAGUCGCAUCAUGCAGCCUUAGCAUGUACAGUGGGGAAAAAAAGUAUUUAGUCAGCCACCAAUUGUGCAAGUUCUCCCACUUAAAAAGAUGAGAGAGGCCUGUAAUUUUAAUCAUAGGUACACGUCAACUAUGACAGACAAAAUGAGAAAAAAAAUUCCAGAAAAUCAAAUUGUAGGAUUUUUAAUGAAUUUAUUUGCAAAUGAUGGUGGAAAAUAAGUAUUUGGUCAAUAACAAAAGUUUCUCAAUACUUUGUUAUAUACCCUUUGUUGGCAAUGACACAGGUCAAACGUUUUCUGUAAGUCUUCACAAGGUUUUCACACACUGUUGCUGGUAUUUUGGCCCAUUCCUCCAUGCAGAUCUCCUCUAGAGCAGUGAUGUUUUGGGGCUGUCGCUGGGCACCACAGACUUUAAACUCCCUCCAAAGAUUUUCUAUGGGAUUGAGAUCUGGAGACUGGCUAGGCCACUCCAGGACCUUGAAAUGCUUCUUACGAAGCCACUCCUUCGUUGCCCGGGCGGUGUGUUUGGGAUCAUUGUCAUGCUGAAAGACCCAGCUACGUGUCAUCUUCAAUGCCCUUGCUGAUGGAAGGAGGUUUUCACUCAAAAUCUCACGAUACAUGGCCCCAUUCAUUCUUUCCUUUACACGGAUCAGUCGUCCUGGUCCCUUUGCAGAAAAACAGCCCCAAAGCAUGAUGUUUCCACCCCCAUGCUUCACAGUAGGUAUGGUGUUCUUUGGAUGCAACUCAGCAUUCUUUGUCCUCCAAACACAACGAGUUGAGUUUUUACCAAAAAGUUAUAUUUUGGUUUCAUCUGACCAUAUGACGUUCUCCCAAUCCUCUUCUUGAUCAUCCAAAUGCACUCUAGCAAACUUCAGACGGGCCUGGACAUGUACUGGCUUAAGCAGGGGGACACGUCUGACACUGCAGGAUUUGAGUCACUGGCGGCGUAGUGUGUUACUGAUGGUAGGCUUUGUUACUUUGGUCCCAGCUCUCUGCAGGUCAUUCACUAGGUCCCCCCGUGUGGUUCUGGGAUUUUUGCUCACCGUUCUUGUGAUCAUUUUGACCCCACGGGGUGAGAUCUUGCGUGGAGCCCCAGAUCGAGGGAGAUUAUCAGUGGUCUUGUAUGUCUUCCAUUUCUUAAUAAUUGCUCCCACAGUAGAUUUUUUCAAACCAAGCUGCUUACCUAUUGCAGAUUCAGUCUUCCCAGCCUGGUGCAGGUCUACAAUUUUGUUUCUGGUGUCCUUUGACAGCUCUUUGGUCUUGGCCAUAGUGGAGUUUGGAGUGUGACUGUUUGAGGUUGUGUACAGGUGUCUUUUAUACUGAUAACAAGUUCAAACAGGUGCCAUUAAUACAGGUAACGAGUGGAGGACAGAGGAGCCUCUUAAAGAAGAAGUUACAGGUCUGUGAGAGCCAGAAAUCUUGCUUGUUUGAAGUUGACCAAAUACUUAUUUUCCACCAUAAUUUGCAAAUAAAUUCAUUAAAAAUCCUACAAUGUGACUUUCUGGAUUUUUUUUCCUCAUUUUGUCUGUCAUAGUUGACGUGUACAUAUGAUGAAAAUUACAGGCCUCUCUCAUCUUUUUAAGUGGGAGAACUUGCACAAUUGGUGGCUGACUAAAUACUUUUUUCCCCCACUGUAUAAAAAAUCAAAACAUAUAGCCCAACAUUUGUAUUACAACUAAAGUUAUAUAAAUAAUUCUAAAUUAAGCAUAUAGGAGUACCUGUUUCUUUGUUAAACGCUCAAUAUCCUUUCUAUUUUAUUCAGCUUUGUUCAGUUGUAUUCUUCAUACUAUAAAAUAAUGCUACGGAAUUCUAAGCAAAUGUUAUCUGCUAAAUGAACUAGUGUAGCCUACAGCCAUAUGGCAUAGCCAGAUCAGGGCCUAACGUAAGGACAACUCAGAGUAUGCUAUUCUAUUAUUCUGAAAUAGACUACAUUUCCUUCAUAUUAUGUUUCUUUAGACCUGUCUAAAAUAAAUAAUGGAUUUAUUGUGAUGGUGUAGGUUAUAUUAAAUGGAUUUAUUAGACUUUUUGUAAAUGUAGAUGUUCCAAAGGUCCGCAUCAAUGGCUUGUAGGCUAUGCGUGGAAGCCAGGAGAUGCUAAAUGUGUUUAUGUUAAUUUACGGUCAAUUACCGUGAGACCGGCAGUUAUUUGCUUGACAAUCACCGGCUGACAAUUUCAUGACUGCUACAGCCCUAAUCCUGCCUCACUCAUUUCACAAGCUAAAUAAAUGAGGCUUCUCUUAUAAGAUCUGCGGCAGAAGGGGGUAGUGCUUCUUUCAUUUUAGUCAUCUGCACACACAACUUUAGCAUCAUUUAGCAUGAACCUAAACAAACUAAUUGAAUGACCCUGUUUUACUUGCAGGAGCUGUCUGGAGCUCCUGCUCUCACUGCCUGAGCAUGUCCCUGGUGCCUUAUGGGGGGAGUUUCAGUCCUCUGUCAAGGUUAGUCUCCAAUGCUCAGUAAACCUACAUUUAUUUUAUUUUAUUUCUACUGCCAAUUCUCUCUAGAAAAAGAAUGACAUGGUGACCCAAUGAAAGUACAAUGAAAACAUGAAGUCGCUUCUUUGAAGCUGAAUUGGAACAUGCAUGCACAUAUCACAAACCCUAUUUGACAUAAUUAGAGAAUCUUAUGUUUUGAAAAGUUUUGGUUUGUAUAGCUGAAAAGUUUUGUGAAGUUAUUUCCUCUCCUUUACAGUCGGCACACAGCCUUUUGCUAGAAAAUGGGAACACACAGCUUCACAUGCUAUCAGCUAUGGCACAGGAGCCUGGUGUGUGGACCAACACCACUCUGUGCAGCAUUCUGUCUAAUGAGAUACCGGAAAUUGACAGAGGUUAGUUUUAGCCUACCUGUGUUUUUUUCCUAAUAGCAAAAACGUUCUACAUGUGAGAUGACUGAUUAAAUGUUGUGGUGACUGCUCAGUAAUGCUAUCUGUAACAGUGUUCUCUUUCUCUACUCCCCAGUUAAUGAGUUCCUGCAGAUGGAAGGUCCUACACUCCUUAAUAUGCGAAUAAAGCACCUUAUCAAACAGAAUCGAGCAGAGAAAGCAGCUGUCUUAGCGAAGAUGUGCUCUGAGUAUCCAGAGUACGAAGGAAAAGGGAACUUCAAGCAGACAUACCUUGUUUGCCUGUGUAUGACAAAAACACAAGAACAACUCAUGCAAGAGGUGAGUGAAUAGCAUUUACAUAAAGUCGUUUACCAGACAAGUGCGUUCAAAAAAAGGGGCUGACCAACGGCUUGUCUUUUAAGCACUGAUGGAGAUUUGCUGAGCAAAUGAAAAACUCCUGUUUGAUAAUGAAAAUGACCCUAAUGGAAAACGAUAAACUGUGGGUGGCAAUGAAUUACCAUCAUUAUGACAUAUGUUUUCUCUGGGCCAGAUCACUCAGGUAGACUGUAAGGAGGCAUUGGAGAUGAUUUGUAACCUGGAGUCGGAUGGGGAUGAAAAAGGAGCCGUUUGUUUGUGCUCUGCAUUCCUCAAGCGGCAGCUUCUCCAGGGAGAUGUGUAUUGUGCCUGGUGAGUAUUGCCCUCUUUUCAUUUUCCACUCGCUCUCACAGUUUAGUGCAGAUAUUGUAUGUUGACAACAAACUAUCUCUUGUAAAGCCCUUCAUGUGAGGCAGACCAAUAAUGAUAUACUUUUCUUCUUACAGGGAGCUCACACUAUUCUGGAGUAAGCUUUUAAUCCGGUCCGAGUCUUCAGCAGAUUCAUUUCUUGAUCAAUGCAAAAAGUUGGUCCUGCUUUCAAGGAACGUCUGUCAUAUCCUCUUCCUCAUCAAGGUUAUACAAUCCGAGGUGAAUUUUUUUGUGUAAAAUUGUGUAUGUUUCUGCCUGGAUAUAGCCUGUAGCGAUUUAUAUUCUCAUGACUGACUUUGGAUUUAUUAUUAUCUCAGGUUGGAGAAGUGGGACUGCCUGUGUGCAUUGAAAUGUGCAUUCGAGCUCUACAAAUGGCAUCCAGUGACAACACGGACAGCAGGACCACCAUCUGCAAAACUAUUUCCUGCCUUUUGCCCACUGAUUUCGAGGUGAAACAGGCAUGCCAACUAACAGAGUUCCUCAUUCAGCCUACUGUGGACUCAUAUUAUGCUGUUGAAUCACUCUAUAAUGAACCUGAUGAAAAGCGUGAGGAUGAGAAUCUUCCAGUACCCAACUCACUACGCUGUGAGUUACUGUUGGCCUUGAAGACACAGUGGCCUUUUGAUCCAGAAUUCUGGGACUGGAGAACUUUGAAGCGCAAUUGUUUGGCAUUGAUGGGUGAGGAGGCAUCCAUUGUGUCAUCUAUCGACACUCUCAAUGACACUGAGGGACUUGAAGACGAUGCAGCAGAAAAAGGUCCAGAGUUCAAAGACCUUGAGGACUUUAUUUUGAACACAACAAAUGAAUUGAAUGAAAUUGCAGAUGAAAAAGAGAAAAAUAGGGAAGCUAAGAAAUUAAGGGAGAAAGGGUUUGUAUCGGCAAGAUUUAGGAAUUGGCGAGCAUAUAUGCAGUAUUGUGUUCUAUGUGAUAAAGAGUUCCUUGGCCACAGGAUAGUCCGUCAUGCACAGAAGCAUUUUAAAGAUGGGGUCUACACCUGUCCAAUUUGUGCUGACAGCUUUAACACGAAGGAGAUCCUUGAGCCACAUGUAGCGUCACAUGUAAAGGAAUCUUGCAAAGAGCGACUUGCUGCUAUGAAAGCAACUAGGAAAUUGCCCAAGCCAAUGCAAUCCACCAGCACUCAUUGGAAUAAUUUGAAAGAUAGAGCUGUGGUUAAGCUUGAGGCAGAGACCAAUGUCAGUCCAAAUGAGGCACAUUUUCUGGAUGGAAAUCACAACAGUGCUGAAACUGUCCAAGUCAGUCCUAAAAAGCCAAUACAAAAUCAAGUAACUCCUCCAAAGCCUGUACCAACUAGAUAUGAAGUGGAAUUUACAGAGGAUUGUGUCUGCCCUGUUACAUACUGUCAGAAGGUAUUCAAGUUUUUUCGGAGUCUUGUAACACAUGUAAAAGCCCACAAAAAUGACGAGGAAGCAACACGGUUUUUGGAGAUACAACGACAGAAGGUUGUUUGUCAGUAUUGUCGUCGGCAGUUUGUUAAUGCCAGACAUCUCAAUGAUCAUUUGCAAAUGCACUGUGGUGCUAAGCCAUACUAUUGCAUACAGCUGAAUUGCACAGCCAGCUUUCACUGCAAUUCGGAACUUCUCAUGCACAAAAGACAACACACUGACUUUAAGGCACGGUGUAUGUUCCCUAAUUGUGGAAGGAUUUUCAAUGAGGCCUACCUGUUGUAUGAUCAUGAGGCACAACAUUACCUUACAUUCACUUGCAAAAUAGCUAAUUGUGGGAAGAUUUUCUAUUCACAGUCCCAACUAAAUUUGCAUCAGCAGAACCAUGAUAAAAAUGAAGUGCCCAUCACAAGUGAGAACCAUCCUGUACCUAAAAUGGAACCUUCCACCCAGUGCUCCGCUAGGCAAGAGGAAACCUGCUCUGCCUCUGUCAGUCUAGAUCAGAAGACUGCACAGGAUUAUGUGAAGGAAGGAGUGGUUAAAUCGGGUUCAUCAACAUCAACAGUUCCUGAGAACCCAAAUGGCCCAGUGAAAAUAAAACAUUCAGUCGAGAGCAUGUUGAAUUCUGUUAUCAAUCCUAAAAAGGAGUUACAGAAGUGUUAUGUUCCACUCAUCAAAACUAAACUCGGAUUGGAGAAUGCAAAACUAUCUCCUGCUGUCCCACACCCAUGCCAAGAUAUGAUUGGCAAUUGUGAGGAUCCCCAAAAUCACUGUGGAACCAAUCCCUUGAAAGGGUACCCAAAAGAGGAGCUGGAUAACCGACCAACUCAAGCUGUUCAGAAAGUGUUACCACAGGCCUUUCCUCUACCAGAAAUUAAGAGUGAACCCCCAUUUUUGCUACAUCCAUAUCAAAGCACUCCUGCAAUAACUGGUAGAGAUGAGGACACACAUAGUUGUCCACUUGAAGCAUGUGACCGCAAAUACAGCACCCCCAAAAGUCUCUCCCGACAUGUAAAGAAAAACCAUCCAGACAUUUUUGAAGACUGGAAACUGGCAAAGAAGUACAAGAAAGUUGCCAAAAUAACUUCGAGAAAGGUUCCAUCCGUGAACAGGACUUCACAGGACCCAAAGGACAAAACAUCACUUCAUCAAGUAUCACAAUGCAGAAAUGCUGGACUACAGCAGUUCGAAUAUCCGAUGGCAUGUUCAAGUUUACCUGCUGUUUGCCCCCCUUGGGAAGCCCCACCAAAUCAGACUGGGCUAAUGCAGUCAGAGAUGGGUGAAGGAUGGACAUCUACAUUGAACAACUGCUAUGCAGAUGCCUUCCAUCUGAAUGAAUACCCCAAUAAGAGCGUAGCUCCUUGGCAAUCAGAACCGCAUCAAACUGGCUAUCCAUUAGAAAGGGGCAGAGAACAUCCACCAGCAAAUAUGCAUGGUAGUGCCAUCCAACCCAUUAAAUCAGAAUCAAGUUUGAUGAAUCAGAUGUCAGAAUAUGUGUCAAGCUCACUUAUGCUAGAUAAUGGAGGACACAUGCACAGUGGAGGACAACACUAUGAGAUAAUUAACUCUGGGAUUAAUGCAGAAAGUGUUGAUGUUUCCCUAAUGAGAAAAAACUAUUCCAAUAUGUUUGCCCAAGAAAGUAAUGGUAACAAUUUGUCAGCUGGAGGUUUCCAUGCUUCAUAUGUCCCAGAUGAAUCUUCCAAUCUUAAUUCAAGAUCAAGGCCAUCAACAGACAUUCCAAGCAAUGUAUUGAGUCAUGAUGGCCAAGUAGCACCAAUAAACAUAGUGGAGAUGACCAACAUGGAGAACAUAACCCAUUUUACAUCACCCAAUUAUGAGAAUCAGAUGAACAGCUCUGUAGGUGACAUGCUUCUUAGUCCACAUGCUUCUAUCCAAACAGAUUUCCCGUAUGAUGAGGGCACAUGUCAUACAGAAUCUGAAGCUAUCCCUGCAGACGCCAAGAAUGUUGAUCAUGAGACACAGACAGUAAAACGCUGCAGACUCAGCAAGAGAACGAAAUGGCCUGCUAUUAUAAAGGAUGGUAAAGUUAUCUGCCGAAGAUGCUUUAGAGAAUUCUCAAGCACGAAAUCUCUCGGAGGUCAUCUUUCAAAACGCUCCCAGUGCAAACCAUUAGAUGAAAUGGACUUAACAGCAGAUUUGCCUACGUCAUUUCUCGACUUUCUCAAUGACCCAAAUGUUCCUGAAACCAAUGGAUCAAUAUACAACUUGCUAAAUGUUGAAUUCCCAAAUCUCUCCACACCAAAUCCCUCUGAUUUGGCACAAAAGGAAACCCCAACACCACUGGAUUCUCAUUCAUUAAACACCAGUCCUUCAGUUUUGACCGGUGGACAAUCCAAACUCUGCCCAAAUAAAACAGAAGUUUGGAUAGAAUUGAUACAGUCAAAAAACUAUGCUGGUAGUCAGCAGAAGGAUGGAGAGUCGAAUGAUAGUCUUGCUGAAAAAAGGUCAAAUACAACUUCCAUUGCAGCAUGUCAAGAUGACAACGUUAUAGAAAUUCAAAAUGCCUUACAAAUGUUGGAUUUAGUUGAAGCUGCACAUGAGAAAAGUUUGCAGGAAAAUUGUUCCUCAAAGUACAAUGACCGCCAAAUCAAUGCGAUCUCAAACGAUAAUGUCUGUCAAAAAGAUAGUGAUCAAAGCACGACAACAAAACCGAUUGUAAAGGAGGACCAGAAUCGUGACAAUGGCCCCAAGCCGUACAAGUGUGAAAUGGAUAAUUGUGAGUAUGGGUUCAUGACAAAAGAGGCAUUGUUCAGACACCUUGCUAGAGUUCAUGAUUACACAAUUGAGAUGAUCGAGGACCUCAAGAAAACCCCAGUCAAAUUCUCUCCAUAUCCUUGUCACAUUUGCCCAAAAACAUUUACCAGAACCACAGGCCUAAGAAUUCACUAUGAAAAAGUUCACCACCUGACGCAGGCAGAGAUGAACAAGUUAAAGGUUGGAAGUCGCAAAAAAAAGUCAAGCAACUCUACUAUCGAAACAGAGAUAGAGAGUAGUAACGGAACUGGAUCUUCUGUUGUGUCGACCUUCAUCAAACAAGAGCCACUUGAUAUUGACAUUGGCUGUCCAAUGCAAAGCACAAAUCAAGAGGGACAUGCACAGUCCUCUGAGAUCAUUACAGCAGGAGAUGUAGUACAAGAGGAUUCCUUCCAUCGGUUAACAGUUGAGAGAGUGCAAUCACCACAAGAUACUCUGGAGGACCUUGACAAGUCAUUUUACCAAUUAGAAUCACCAUCAAAGACAGGAUACACCAAGAAUGAGCCAUCAAUGACAGCCAUGCAUAUGAACCACACCCCAGUGUUGAAGCAGAAAUGUGAUGCAACAGAGGCGAUAUCCAACCAGGCUGUGAAACCCUCACCAGAAAAAGCAAGUUGUUCAAAAAACACAAUAUCUAAAGAUGAGGUUUAUGUGCAAAAGAAAGAAAAGGUUCAGAAAAGGUUGGGGCUUCAACUGUGCGAUGCUGACAAUUCUUUCAGCCCAUAUAGGCCGUACCGUUGUGUUCAUGAAGGAUGCGCUGCAGCUUUUACCAUCCAGCAAAAUUUGAUACUUCACUGUAGGGCUAUGCAUCAGUCAUCCCUUCCCCUGCCUUCAGGAGACCUUGAUACUGAAAUCCCUGGUGAACAAGCUGCUGAAGUCCAGAAUAAUGAAAUCAGAUGUCAAGUGAAAGACUGUUCAAGGAUAUUCCCGGGGAUCACAACCUUAGUGCAGCAUUACCUCUUACUUCAUAAAUUCACUCGAGAUAAAGCCACUGCUAUGAUGUCAAGCAUCAAUGUAGGGACAUUCCAGUGUGACCGGUCAGAAUGUACACUCUCCUUCACCUCUGUGGAGAAAUACAUUGACCACAUAAAAAACUUUCACAUGGAAAUAAACAUCUCUGAGCGAGGCAGUGUGGAUCAGACUUUCAAGUGUGAGUAUGAUGGCUGUGACCGGGUCUACACUACAAAGUCAAACCUCCUUCGCCAUGAGAUGAAAAAGCAUGAUUUAAUUUAUAUACCCAGAACACAGCAACAGAGAACAACAGGCGUCAUUCCCAAUAAUGGUAAAGAGAACAUUGAAAACAAAUUCAAAGUGAAGAAGAAAAACACUAAGAAGAAAGAUGACAAAUCACCUGACCACUGGACUAGCUUUGGAAAACCCUCUCUGAAAUCUAUGGAUGAAGCAUCUGCCAUGUGCACAAAAAACUUCUCUUUGCAAUACCCAUGCAUGAUAAAAGGCUGUGAUGCUGUUGAACGGGCUGAACGGAAUAUAUUCAGACAUUACACCACACAUGGCCUCACUGAGAGAUAUAUAGAGGAUCAGAGAAGUCAGUUCAUAUUCUGCAAAAAGUACCCACGCUCAAGAUUCAAAGAUGCAAACAAAUCCGAGGGUAUGUCAACAGACGCCUCCGCUGAGGAAACUGACCCUAUUGAAAGUGAACCUGAGAUUUCAAAGACCAACUGUCAGAGGCAAGAAGCGUUGGAUGGUAUCAUUCAAGCAGAGGCUAAACUGUCAACUGAUGCUAGUUCUGAAUUGCAGUCUUCUACUUCAGAGGUCAAAAAGAGGGGGCGUCCACUAAAAUCGGAGCGGCGAGCAUUAGCUUGUCCGGACAGAAGGUUGACUCUGAGAAAUCGUCCGGCAGAUAAAGUUUACCAGUUGACAGACACUUCAGACCAGGGCUUCACUGCUUCUCAAGAGGAAGAAACAGAGGAUGGUGUUGCACUGGACACUUUCCUAAAGUUCCUGGAAACUUCACCAUCGACCCACACUCCCAAAAGAAAAAUGAGUGGAGGUUCAAGGACUGAGUUGCCAUUAAAACGGCAGCGUACCCCUCAGCAGAAGACGGCCAAUAUUACAUGCAAAACACCUGAUAUAUUUAUUGGAGCCUGUCAAAACCUUGUAGACUUCAGAAAUCCUCUCAGUCUUCAAUCGGUGAACAAUGUGAAGAUAGUAAUGGACAAAACUUUUUCCAAUGGUGCUGAUCUUUUGCUAAAGCAACUUCAAGAUAUGCGACCCAUGGUUUUAAUAAAAAAAGUGGCUUCA